AUGUCUUUCGAACGAUAUUAUUCUCUUUAUGCUCUUCCCUUCUUGAUAUUUGCUUCGUUCUAUGCUGAAGCUCAAGUAUAUCAACAGCAAAUGCUUCCGCCAAGUCGGAAGUGUGUUCCACUGAGGAUACCGAUGUGUGUUGAUCUUCCGUAUAACAGUACAGUGUAUCCGAAUCUGUUGAAUCAUCAAACUCAAGAGGAUGCGGAAAUAGCAAUCAACCAAUUUAGUCCACUUGUGAAAGUCAGAUGUUCUGAAGACAUUAAACUUUUCUUAUGCACAGUGUACGCACCUGUUUGUACUCAGUUGGAAAAACCAAUCCAACCUUGCCGUGACUUAUGCCUGUCUGCAAAGAAUGGCUGUGAAAGUCUGAUGAUCAAAUUUGGAUUUCGAUGGCCAGAACAACUGGACUGUAAGCACUUUCCAACUGAAGGGAUUUGCGUCGGAGAGAACAAGACAAGUACACCGCCGCCAAAUCGAUCUCACUCUUUGGUGAACAAUCUGGAAUGUCCACUCACAAUGUCGGCAUCCAUGCGGUCGCACUUCUCUCUUCCACUGUCCAGUGGAGUACUUGAAGAUUGCAGUUUGCCAUGUGCCGCAGAUAAUCAGGUGCCGGUGUUUUUCGACAAACGUCAUCGUCGUUAUCUACGGUUUUGGACUGGUGGAUGGGCUGUAGCAUGUUGUGUUUGUGCGCUCUUCACAAUCACAACCUUUCUGGUUGAUCUCGCACGUUUUGCCUAUCCUGUCCGCCCAAUAUUGUACAUGGCAAUGUGUUAUCUGAUGAUCUCAAUUGUUUAUAUGACCGGCGUAGUGGGAGAGGACAGUUUUGCAUGUGGACCAUAUGGUGGCACCCCACAAUUAUUGGUCGCCCAAGGUGGUGAAGGUACUGCAUGCAGUGCUCUCGCUGUGGCGCACUAUUACUUCACGAUAGCUAGCAGUGUUUGGUGGGUCGUGCUAUGCUUGGCAUGGUUUCUAGCUGCAAAUCGUAAAUGGGGCGCAGAAUCUAUUGCCAGCCUGGCUCCUUACUUGCAUGCAGCAUGUUGGGGAAUACCAGCACUCCUGUCGGUCGUAGUACUUGUGACUAACUCGAUUGAUGGUGAUGUUUUUACAGGAAUCUGUUCUGUAGGAAAUCUCCAGCCGAAAGCGAUGCUCUAUUACUUGUUCUUACCACUCACUGGAUGUAUCGUUAUUGGACUUUUCCUGCUUGCUUGUGGCAUUUGCUCCAUGAUGCGCAUUCGCACGUAUAUCAAAUUGCAACACGCAGAUGUGGACAAAAACAUUCGAAAGUUAGAAAAGCUGAUGUUCAGGGUUAGUGGUUUUGCGGUCAUGUACGUGUUGCCGACUGCAGCGAGCGCUGCUGUGCUCUGUUAUCAAGCGAUUCAAAUGCCACUUUGGAUAGAUACACUGUACACGCUUCGAUGUCUCCAUCCUGACCGUGUCAAAUUUGGUUUCACUAUGCCACGAACAAGCUGCAGUCAACGAAUGGAUGCAAUCUCUCCAGGACCGGAAUUAGUACUUAUAUUCAUAAAGUAUCUCUGCCAGCUAAUCGUAGGCAUCACAUGUGCAGUUUGGAUCUGUAGUGCGAAAACGGUAGCCAGUUAUCAGAAAGCUUAUGCAAGAAUUAUUCUUCAACGUGCUGCCGUUGCAACGGAUGAGCAUUAA